AUGGGCCUUUCGUCUCUCAAAAUAAUGCAUCUUAUCGCCUUUCUUGUUGUCGUAGGGAUGUGGUCUUCAGGAGUUACGUGCCGAAUGUUAAGUGAUGUAUCCAUCUCUGAGAGACAUGAGCUGUGGAUGGUACGCUAUGGACGUGUGUACCAGGAUGACGCAGAGAAGAAAAUGCGCUUCAACAUAUUCAAGGACAACGUGGAAUUCAUUGAAUCCUUCAACAGUGCUGAAAACCAGCCUUACAAAGUAGCGAUUAACAAAUUUGCAGACCAAACAAAUGAAGAGUUCAAAGCCGCUCGUAAUGGAUAUAAGUUUUCAUCAAACAAAAGAUCAGCAAGAACAACACCUUUUAGGUAUGAAAACGUGACUGCCGUGCCACCUAGCAUGGAUUGGAGAAAGAAAGGAGCUGUUACCCCAGUUAAAGAUCAAGGCCAAUGUGGAAGCUGUUGGGCAUUUUCAACUAUCGCUGCAACGGAAGGAAUUACUCAGCUCACAACCGGAAAACUAAUUUCACUGUCUGAGCAAGAGCUAGUGGACUGUGACAGGAGUGGUGUAGAUCAAGGAUGCAAUGGUGGGGAGAUGGAAGAUGGCUUUGAGUUUAUCGUUAAAAACAAAGGCAUCAACACCGAGGUGGCUUACCCAUAUCAGGCAGCAGAUGGAACCUGCAACACCAAGGAAGAAGCUGUCCAUGCUGCCACCAUUACUGGGUAUGAAAAAGUGCCAGCCAACAGUGAAUCUGCAUUGUUACAAGCAGUCGCUAAUCAACCCAUAUCAGUUGCCAUUGAUGCCAGUGGCAUGGGUUUCCAGUUCUAUUCCGGUGGCGUGUUUACUGGGGAUUGUGGAACUGAUCUUGACCACGGUGUUACAGCAGUUGGAUAUGGAGUAACGGAUGAUGGAAUGAAGUACUGGUUGGUAAAAAAUUCGUGGGGUGCCAGCUGGGGGGAUAGUGGAUACAUAAUGAUGCAAAGAGAUGUUAGUGCCAAAGAAGACAACACUUGUCCUGAAUUGUCGUCUCUAAAUGUAGCCCUAUCCCAACAACUAGUCUCGCCAUACCUCUUGCGAACUUUGACCAGGACCUCAAUUCCGUCGGCAAAAGUGUGGCGGGAACGACAAAAAUAUUGGCGGUAUGCUAAAAUUCUAUACCCGCGACAUGAUGUCGGUAUAGAGGCUUUCACUAGUGGUGAAGCACCCCUGUCCGUCUUCCACCGCCUGAAGCUUCCCUAUCAUGAGUUGUUCACCGACGCCCAUCAUUCCAGGUUUUCUCAUUCACCACCCUUCGUAUUUUAUUGCACGAACACAACAUCGAUUUUGACAAGGGUGGUCCGCAUCACAGCAAGAAGAACAAACACAGGCGUAGGCCCGGGAAGCACCCAAUGCCCGAGGGAGGCGUUUGCCUCCGGAGUGACGAGUGCUCGGCAAGCACAGCCAAUCACGAAGGCCAGAGCUGCGGGGCAGCCCAUUUUUAAAAACAGUACUGAAACGGCCUUCACUCCGAGGAAGCCGGCCACCCUAGAGACAAAAUCAAAAAAGAAUGAGUGCGCCCCCAUUUGGAGGCAAAGAGUCUCUCUCUAG